AAUUGUGGCACUGCAGAGUAGUGGUGGCGGUGGAUAUUAACCACGCUUUCAAUAUGGCGGUUCCUCGGGUUGGUGAUGGCGGGAACAUCUACUACCGGUAGAUGUUAGUAAGACCUCGGGAUUUUAAUAUCAAGCUUCUGAUUUCAAACCCGACUUAUUGACAAUAUGCAUUUUGCAUAGACUAUCUACCUAACUUAUGAAACUACCCUUCAACCGUAAGUGGACUACUAUUAUUACCACCGAACAGGCACUCGGUGCUGUUUGAUGAUGCUAGCCACUCUCCUAUCCUCAGACGUAUUUGCAGCGGCAUAGAAUCAGGCUCAGGCGGACAUACCAUACUCAAUUAUCUGGGGCGGCAGGCACCUUACCCGGUGGACAGCAAAUCAGCAUGGCCGCCUGGUUUUUGACAUUACUCUUCUCACAAGUGCUGGUCUGGCUCCCCGGUCCGACCCCCCUUCCAGUACCGCUGCCGGAUGCUUGCCUUCGACUCCUCUUGCCGCGCCUAUAUGCUGCAGCCACCACCCUCUAUGGCCCUUAUGCUCGUUGGAGAGCGGGCCGGCGCCAAAGUUUACUCGAGUGCAUCCUCAAUGUGGGAAUAAACAACUUCAGCCGGCCCAUUACUCGAGGCCACCACCAUCCUGGUAUCUCGGAAUCAACGGUGUUCUGACCGUGAGAGUACGACUUGUCUCCACCGCCGGGCGGCAUCGUCAACCUGUCGAUUGAUAUUACUCUUCCUACUUUAGCAUAGCAUAGCGCAGUAGCUGCAUCAUCGUGCCGCAUAUUCCUCUAGCCUAGAGCACAUCCUCCCUGCCCCUCCUUAAAACGUCACAUUACGAUAACUCAUAUGCGGGAGCAUGGAUCAGCCUAGCUCAAAAAGCCCCUCCAACAAUUCGCAUCCUCCAUCCCAACCACACCAAACCUACCUGGUUGAUAUCCACCACCACUGUCACCACCACCGCCUCCUCCUCCACUUAUUGGCCCACGACUCACCCGUGCGGUUUCCAAUCAGGUAAAACUAACCGCGAGUGGAGGGAUACGAUACGUGGCCGCCAUUCCUCUAUGGAUCGGAGUGAGGAAUGUUAUCACGAACAAAACAGGUUCCUCCUCAGCCACCUAUUUUUCUUUCCCUACUCACAUUGCCCUAGGAACGAUGCGAUAGGGUACGACGUUGGAGUGCGGUCUCUUGUGAAACUUACUUACCUUUAGAUUUAUUUUACGGGUGCGCUCGAUUCGCGGGCGCAGUGGUGCUGGGAAGAUCGAUCUGCUCAUACCUAUCCGACUGCGCGAUCCGAGUGGGUGGUUGCGGAUAUGGCACUGACAUAUCUUGUCUCUCUUUUUUUUUAUCUUUUUUUUCUUUUCUCGCUUGUUUAUUUACCAUUUUUUUGUUUGUGCAAAAGAGAGCAUGCUCGAAGGUAUUUCCAUCUUGACCAGCGGUAAUUUUCCUAGUUGGAUGGUCGACUUGAGAUUAGGUAGGCGGGGGCUAGUAGUGAAGUCAUGCUUAGGUACCGAUAGUACCCUAUUUUAUCAUAAUUCUGGUUUUCCGGCCUUGGAUAGAAUUCACGGGAAGUCACUCGUG